GUCUUUCGUCUUUGUCGAAGAAGAUGGGAAAGAAACCCCCGUAAAUGUCCCAGAGGGCUGCACAGUAUUGGAGGCGGCUCACUUGAACAACGUCCCCCUAGAAGGCAAACCCUAA